GGAGGCGCGAGGCGCGGUUCUCAGAUUCAACUCCGGUCUCGCGCUCUGCCAUGAUCAAUUCCGUGCAUGACAGCUAUUGUCCUCGCGCUUGAAACGUAACACCUGCACGAAUAAACUAAAGCCAUUGCGACAGAAGAAAGCAUGACAGAUAAGGAGAACAUCCGAAACGAGGAGGACUAUGUUGGGGAGAUCAAAGGGGGUCUCCGGCCGACCAUGAGGCUGAUAGUGAUGGGUAUUGUUCACAAGCAGCCCAAAAGUAUGGUAGUGUUAGUGUCAUGCCAGUCUAAAGGAGAGGGGGAUGAGGAAAUCGAGGGUGAUGUGGGUCUGGAGUUGAAGGUGAACUUUCCAGAAAAGGCUGUGCUUCGUAACGCUCGUCUGUCAGGACAGUGGGGCGCUUCAGAGACUGCCCUGUCUUUCUUCCCCUUUGCUCCAGGAGAGCCUUUUAAGAUGGAGAUUGUGUGCGAGCACCAGCAGUUCCGUAUUCUGGUGGAUGGGCAGCCGUUGUGUGGUUUUGCUCACAGAUUGACUCAGCUAGCGUCUCUCACUGCUCUUAGAGUUCAUGGAGACCUACAGCUCACCAAAGUGGCUUGAGAAAGAGAGGAAUUGACUAUUCAUUGAAGCAACAAAACUAAGGUUUUAGAAUCCUGAGCGUACUGUACACUAAUUGCCUGUUUUUUAACAGUUUCUCCAGUGAUUUUUAUUUGCAGUGGCAAACGAGCCUGUUCAUUUUAAAAUGAUUUUGUGUGUGUUUGGACACAUUUGUAGAAGAAAAUCUCUGAAGGAGCUGUGUUACCCGAUGUGCAACCAGCUUUAACCUACAAAACAGUGGAGUUCCAAUCAAGGUUUUUUUAAAUUAAGAACGAUUUGCCAUUAACUAGCUCAGACAGAAGAUAGUUUUUAAAAUACAUAAUGUACUACCUAACUUUUUUGUUUGCUUUGUGUUUAGAUAUGAUUAGUUUAUUUGGCUCUUUGAUACAGAAGCAAAAGUGCCUUCAUUUGUUCCAUUAGAUGCACUUAUACAGUAGAGGUCUUUAGGUGUGCUGUAGCAGUAAUUGUUGAUGUUCAAAUUCAUUUGUAUUUACAUUUACACAUUUGGCAGAUGCUAAAUUAUACAUUUGAUCAGUUCAUGCCUUCCGUGGGAAUUGAACACAGGAUGUUAGCAUUGCUAACGGCAUGCCCGACUGGGGUACAGGAAUGUAUCAACAACAACAUGUUUUUGUUUGCCUGUCUGAAAAAUUGGUCAUUUCAACAGAAUAACUCAGAAUCGUAAGAGAAUAAUUUUUUGUUAAUCUUUUGUUCAUGUGAAUGUACCGCAUAACAGUUUAGAUGGCAUUGGGAACCUAAGCAUUCAUAACUGACACCCGAAUGUUCACUUUAAAAUGCUGCAGUUGAAUUGAUUUGAGGAAAGAGGACUCAAAGUCCAUCUGAAGUCUGUACUUGGUGCUGUUAAUCUACUCACUUAAUGCUGCAAAUGAAGCAUGUAUUAAAUAACUUUAAUGAUUAGGUUCAGGUUUACUUGAAUAUCUGUUAACAAUAAUUGCAAUAUGUACUGUAAACAGUAAACGUUUCUUAAAGAAC